CAGUCGACUUUGUGAAUCACAAGCUGAAAGAUUGCUUUCAGAUCGGUGACAUCUACACUUACUAAUCUCCAUAUACAUAGUUCCCCAACAGCGAUGACGAGCUUGCUGAUCUCGGCGGUGCUCCUCCUGCUGGCCCUUAGCCCGGGAUCGGAGGCCCAGGACACGAUUUCUGCAAUGUGCCGCACGGACGAGCUGUGCACCACGGUGAAGCGUUGCGAGGAUUCUGAUGAUUCCGGUCGCAUGGGUAUUGGUCCGCGCAGUUCCCGCUACUGCGGCACCCAAAGGGUCUGCUGCGAAAAGGCCCAGCUGGAGAGCUGGGACAGAUCGCAGAGCUCAAAGUCCCGCGCCGUCUCCUCCGCCAUCCGAGAUAAGGCCUCCCACUUCUUGGAGCCGCCGCCAAACGAGAGUUGCGGCCUGAAUAUGGAGUGCGUGCCCAGGAAGCUGUGUCGCGACAAUGUUAUCAACGACUCCGGGGUGAGCCUGAUCAAUCCCAGGAUUAGCACGAUUCAGUGCAGCAAGUCCCUAUACCGCUGUUGCGCUGUGGACCAGCAGGUGGACGAAAGUAACAGUCCGUAUGUGAAGAAGCAGGCUAACUUCAAGUACAAGAACUGCGGCUACAGCAAUCCUCAGGGCCUGAUCCCCGACAACGACAAGUUCAACUACACGGAGGACGUAUCCAUCUUCGGCCAGUUCCCUUGGAUGGUGGGCAUCUUCACCGGGAGGCAGUCGUUCCUCUGCGGCGGCACCCUGAUACAUCCGCGGCUGGUCGUGACCUCGUCGCACAACCUGGUCAACGAUACGGUGGACACCCUGGUGGCCAGGGCCGGGGACUGGGAUCUGAACAGCCUCAACGAGCCGUACACGCACCAGGGCAGCCGCAUCAAGGAGAUCAUCAUGCACUCGGAAUUCCACCCGCAGUCCCUGUACAACGACAUUGCCCUGCUGCUCCUGGACGAGCCCAUCAAGUUGGCUCCGCACAUCCAGCCGCUGUGCCUGCCGCCGCCGGAAUCGCCGGAGGUGAUUAACCAGAUGCUCUCCUCGAACUGUUUCUCCACGGGCUGGGGGGCCAAGGAGGCGGGCAGCGACAAGCUGGAGAACGUGCUCAAGCGGCUCAACCUGCCGCUGGUGGAGCACGACGAGUGCCAGGCGAGGCUGAGGAACACGCGCCUGGAGGCUCGCUUCCGGCUGCGGCCCAGCUUCAUCUGCGCCGGCGGAGAUGGCAAGGACACCUGCAAGGGUGACGGCGGCUCACCCCUGUUCUGCACCAUGCCCGGCGAGACGGAUCGCUACCAGCUGGUGGGCAUCGUGUCCUGGGGCGUCGAGUGCGGCGUCGAGGAUGUUCCCGCCGUGUACGCCAAUGUGCCCCACCUGCGCAACUGGAUCGAUGAGAAGAUCAGGGGACUGGGCAUCACGAUGCAGGCGCAAUGAGUCGAAACACCACUGUGCAAAUUUAAAACUUUAACGAAAUAAAGAACGUCUUAUAAUCUUGUAA